AUGGCGGCCUCAGCAGUAGAAGAUGCUGCUGCGGCAGCUACUGUUGCUGCAGCAGCAGCAGCAGCAGCAGCAGAUGCUGCUGCCAUUAAUGCUGCCAGCCUCAGAUGCUACAACUGCAAGGAGCUGCAGGAAUAUGAUGUCUCUUCUUUGUUCGUGGUGGCCCUGUCUGUGCAGUGCAACAGCUGCUUGAGCAGCAGCUUUGUCCCUUUUGCUGCUGCUCUCGCUCGCUGCUGCUUUUGCUACUCCAUUUGUGCAACAAGGUCCAGCAGCGCAAACCCUAAACCCCAAACCCUAAACCCUAAACGCCAAACCCUCAAAUCCAAACGCCGGUCAGCCACGCGAAAGUCCCACUCAGCAAACCUUAAACCACAGAAGAGCGAAUCCAGAGAGACCCUUGACGACACAGCAGCAGACCAACAGCAGCAGCAGCAGCAGCAGCAGCAACAGGCGAACGGCACAGCUGCUGCUGGACCCACAGCAGCAGCAGCAAAGCGUGCGGCGGGCGCCGCAGCACCAGCAGCAGCACCAGCAGCAGCACCAGCAGCAGCAGCAAUAGCAACAGCAGCAGCGAAAGCAGUCUCAAAGAUAACGCCUGUAGCUCCGCCGCCCAAGCCACGGCUGUCCCCUCAAGCAGCAGCAGCAGCAGCAGCAGCAGCAGCAGCAGCAGAAGGGGGCGGUGCAUCUGCUGCUGUAUCGCCCCGGAGCAGAAUGACAAGAGAGCAGCUGCUGCAGCAGCUGCUGCUGCCUCCCUACGAUGGCAUUAACCUUAAGGAAGUCGCAGUAGCGAAGUAUCCUCAGCAGCAGCAGCAGCAGCGACAGCAGCAGCAGCAGCAGCAACAGCAGCAGCAGCAACAGCAGCAGCAGCAGCAAGAUGCUGCAGCAAAAAGGCCCUUGCUAACACUAAAGGCUCUGGCGCCUGUUGACGCGCGGCCAUCUCCCAGGAGAAAGGAAGUCUCAUCUGCCGCUGCUCCUGCUGCUGCUGCUGCUGCUCCUGCUGCUGCUGCUGCUGCUCCUGCUGCUGCUCCAGCAAAAGCAGCAGCAGCAGCAGCAAACAGUAGAGAGACCCAGAGUGCUCAAGGGACACAAGACCGCGCUGCAGUUGCUGCGCUUGUUUCUGCAGCAGCAGCAGCAGCAGCAGCAGAGAAUCGCAGCAAAUUGCUGCAGGAGCUGUCCUCUGAUGAGGAUUAG